GAGCGAGGCCGGCCGCCGGGCACUUCCUGUGGAGGCCGCAGCGGGCGCGGGCGCCGACGGGCCGAGCGCCGAGCGAGCGAGCGAGCUGAGCGAGCCGAGCCUCCCGCCGCCGCCAUGGGCCAGAACGACCUGAUGGGCACGGCCGAGGACUUCGCCGACCAGUUCCUGCGGGUCACGAAGCAGUACCUGCCGCACGUGGCACGCCUCUGCCUGAUCAGCACGUUCCUGGAGGACGGCGUCCGCAUGUGGUUCCAGUGGGGGGAGCAGCGUGACUACAUCGACACCACGUGGGGCUGUGGCUACGCGCUGGCCUCCGCCUUCGUGCUCCUCAACCUGCUGGGACAGCUGACCGGCUGCAUCCUGGUGCUGAGCCGAAACCUGGUGCAGUACGCCUGCUUCGGGCUCUUCGGAAUCAUAGCGCUGCAGACGAUUGCUUACAGCAUCCUGUGGGACUUGAAGUUUCUGAUGAGGAAUCUGGCCCUGGGAGGAGGCCUGCUGCUGCUGCUGGCGGAGUCGCGCUCCGAGGGGAAGAGCAUGUUCGCGGGCGUCCCCAGCGUGCGCGAGAGCUCGCCCAGGCAGUACAUGCAGCUCGGCGGCCGGGUCCUGCUGGUGCUCAUGUUCCUGACCCUGCUGCACUUCGACGCCGGCCUCUUCUCCAUUCUCCAGAACAUCGUGGGCACAGCUCUGAUGAUUUUAGUGGCCAUCGGUUUUAAAACCAAGCUGGCUGCUUUGACUCUUGUCGUCUGGCUGUUUGCCAUCAACGUGUACUUCAACGCCUUCUGGACCAUUCCUGUCUAUAAGCCCAUGCACGACUUCCUGAAGUACGACUUCUUCCAGACCAUGUCGGUGAUUGGAGGCUUGCUCCUGGUGGUGGCCCUGGGCCCUGGGGGCGUCUCCAUGGACGAGAAGAAGAAGGAGUGGUAACAGACCCCCUCCCUGCCUGGCUGAGACCCGUGGCCACCGAGGACUGGUUCGGGGUGGAUUGACAAAGCUGCCGGCGUUCACGUGUCCUCUCUCUCCCCUCCCUUGGUAAAGGCACAGAUGUUUUGAGAGUUUCUUUGCAGACACCUGAAAAUUGAUGGCUAAAUUUGCUCUGGACCCCUAACCUAGUAGCUGACCAUCGGAGCCGGCCGGCUGGCAGGCAGUAUUCCCCACCCCUCCCCCUGCCAAGGCAAGGUCUCGGCUUCUCAGAGCCAGUGGCGGGCUCGGCCACGGCUCCCGCCCUCGUUUGCUUCGGGGCUGCGGGUGGGGGCUUCCAGCUGUACUGUGAGCAGAUACAUUUGUGUAUCAUUCAGAGUGGUCUCCCUCUUAUUAUGCUUUCAGUUUACGUUUUUAACUAAAACGAAAGGAUUCAGGGUGGCUCAGCCUAACAUCAGACCCACUAAGUCCCAGUUUUAAACCACACCCAUGGCUCCGAGUGGUCCCUGCCCCGCACAGUAACACUCGCGGGGCCGGUGACGGCCUUGAGACCCAGACCCAAAGAAUGAGGCUGCCUGGGCGGGGCGGCUGUGGCCCCUGUUCACGGCGGAGGUCCCUCGUCAGAAAACCGCCUCAGACUGGGGCUGAUGUUUGAAAGGGCAACCUGCCCCCCCACCCCAGGAGCUUUAGUGGCGCGAGGUGGGGACAGAGGCGCUCCACGUCCUCGGACGCCCCUGGAGCCCGCAGGGACCCAUGCUCCGACCCUGGCCCGGCCACACACCUGCAGGUUGGCUCCCGGGAGGGGUGUGGGCCCGGUGGCAGCCGUGGGGGCCGGGCGGCAACACAGCGGGCUCUCAGACCAGUUACCUCACCCCAACCUCUGCACAGAGCCUCCGCUGAGGCCGCGGGCCCAGCUCCAACACGGCUGGGCGCCUGCGCGGUUCUCCCCCGGCUGGGGGGGGUCUUCCCAGGCUGUGCACCGCGGCCCACCCCCUCCCUAGGCUGUCGCUUACUCAGAUCGUCUAUCUGCUAUGCUGAAUGCAGCCCAAAUUACUUUUUAAGAUUUGUGAUGCCUUACCGAUUGGAUCUUAAUCCUGUAUUUAAAGUUUUCUAACAUUGCCUUAUACUGCGUUUCUCUUCUUGGGGGUACGAGCGCCUGUAGCUCUUCACCUGCUGGGCCGGAGCGACACCGUGGGGGGGCGGGUGGGACACCUCGGUGCCUCCCCUGACUUUCCUGGUGGCAGACUGACCAAACUCGCCCAUGUACAGGCCUGAGGGUCACCCCUGGGGAUGCUGGGGGCCAGUCCUGAGCCGGGGAACCUGCCCCCUUUCAGCUCCCAGAGGCUCGCCUGGCUCUGCAGCCCGGGGGGCCGCGGUGGCACACCCCGUAAGGGGCCCACCUGAGCCCGGGCCCCAGCGCCUGUGGAGGCCCAUCCCCACACGUUCCGAACCACAUCCCACCUGCACACCCCUCUGGCCUUUUGAAGAUGAAGCAACGGCUUACGGACAGAGGCUUUUCUACUUCCCAGCUCUCGGAUGCUCCCCACAGGAAGGGGGGCUCUGACUCCGGGUCCCCACCUGGGCGGGGCCGUCCCUGGGUCCACCCCCUUCCCCAUCAGCACGGCACAACAGUCCUCUCCAAUGACGCUCAGCCAAGGCUGUUCCUCCUCAACACCCUUUUUGACAGGGUCCAGGUCCCUCUUGGCCCCGUGCUCGCGAGGCCUUUACUGGUUUGUAGAAACAGGUUGACCCCCGGAGGCUGCGGGGUGCGGUCAGAGGUCAUCCUCUGUGCUGGAGGCUCUGGGCUCACCGGGCCCUGAGCAGACCGCUGCUUGGGACGGCAUGGACGCCUUUGCAGGGAGGAAAAAAAAUACCAUCUACCAAUUGGCUUUGACAAAACAAUUUCUGAAAAAUUUUUUGCUUUAUGUGGGAAAUAGGUAUAGAUCUCAUUUUAUGCUGUAUUUUAUAUCUUAGUUGUGUUUGAAAACGUUUUGAUUUUUGGAAACAUCAAAAUAAAUAAUGGCAUUUGUUGUA